CGCGGGGGAGGAGCUGACAGGGCCGCAGCGGCUUUACUCCCCCCCUUUCUCGGAACGUGACUGGGCAGCUGCAGCCGGCGCCCCACCGCGCUCCGUUGAGAGGGCUGGGGCGGGAGAUGACGGUGAUUUCCCCUCAGCUCAGCCCUAGAGAUCCAGUUGGAGUUGAAGAAAGAGAAAAUGGCUUCUUUUUCUAACUUAUCUGUAAAGAACUCAACCACUGCAGUCAAUAUGACUGAGACUUUUUCCACAACAGUAACGCAUGGAUUUAAUUCCACUAAGGACUCACCUUCAAUGUCAAUAACAAGGCUUUUCCCAGCCUUAUUAGAAUGCUUUGGCAUAGUCCUUUGUGGCUACAUAGCAGGAAGGGCCAAUGUCAUAACAUCAACACAGGCCAAAGGACUGGGAAACUUUGUCUCCAGAUUUGCACUUCCAGCUCUAUUAUUCAAAAACAUGGUGGUACUUAAUUUCUCCAAUGUGGAUUGGGCUUUCCUGUAUAGCAUCUUAAUUGGCAAAGCUUCUGUAUUUUUCAUUGUCUGUAUAUUAACCUUAUUGGUUGCCAGUCCUGAUAGUCGAUUUAGCAAAGCUGGACUGUUCCCUAUUUUUGCUACUCAGAGUAAUGACUUUGCAUUGGGAUACCCCAUAGUUGAAGCUUUAUAUCAAACUACAUACCCAGAAUAUCUUCAGUACAUAUAUUUGGUGGCACCAAUAUCUCUUAUGAUGUUAAACCCUAUAGGGUUUAUCUUCUGUGAAAUCCAGAAGUGGAAAGACACUCAAAAUGCUUCUCAAAACAAGAUAAAAAUUGUGGGACUUGGAUUUCUGCGUGUCUUACAGAACCCAAUAGUAUUUAUGGUCUUCAUUGGUAUUGCCUUCAAUUUUAUUCUUGAUAAAAAGGUGCCUGUAUAUAUGGAAAAUUUUCUCGAUGGACUUGGAAAUUCUUUUUCUGGAUCAGCCCUGUUUUAUCUUGGUCUUACAAUGGUAGGAAAAAUAAAGAGACUGAAGAAGUCAGCGUUUGUCGUACUAAUUCUUCUCAUCACAGCUAAACUCCUGGUGCUGCCACUUCUGUGCAGAGAAAUGGUGGAACUCUUGGACAAGGAUGACAGUGUAGUGAACCAUACAAGCUUAUCAAACUAUGCAUUUUUGUAUGGUGUCUUUCCUGUAGCACCAGGAGUGGCUAUCUUUGCCACACAGUUCAACAUGGAAGUAGAGAUUGUAACUUCGGGGAUGGUAAUAAGCACAUUUGUGUCUGCUCCAAUCAUGUAUGUUUCUGCCUGGUUACUGACCUUUCCCGGUAUGGACCCUAAGCCAUUGGCAUAUGCCAUCCAGAAUGUUAGUUUUGAUAUAAGUAUUAUUAGCCUGGUCUCCUUGAUCUGGUCUCUGGCUAUUCUUCUCUUAAGUAAGAAAUAUAGACAGCUUCCUCAUAUGCUUACAACUAAUUUGCUUAUUGCCCAGUCUAUUGUCUGUGCUGGAAUGAUGAUAUGGAAUUUUGUUAAAGAAAAAAAUUUUGUUGGACAGAUUUUGGUGUUUGUUCUAUUGUACAGCUCCUUGUAUAGCACCUACUUGUGGACAGGCCUUCUAGCAAUUUCUUUGUUCCUUUUGAAAAAGCGAGAGAGUGUACAAAUUCCUGUUGGAAUCAUCAUAAUAUCUGGCUGGGGAAUUCCUGCUCUCCUUGUUGGUGUUCUUUUGAUAACUGGAAAACACAAUGAAGACAGCAUUGACUCAGCCUUCUUUUAUGGAAAAGAGCAGAUGAUCACCACGGCAGUCACCCUGUUCUGCAGCAUUCUCAUAGCUGGCAUAGCACUCAUGUGCAUGAACCGUACCAGCCAUGCGGGCCACUAUGAAGGCUUUGGCCAGUCUCAGAGUCACAAAGCAAUGGAGCCUGGAAACACUGCUUUUGAGGAGAGUCCAGCACCAACAAAUGAACCAGAACUUUUUACAACUUCUAUCCCAGAAACAAGUUGCUGCUCUUGCUCCAUGGGAAAUGGUGAAUUACAGUGCCCAUCAGCAGAACCUGUAGCAAACACGAGCACAAGUAGGCCUGUGACUCCUUCCUUUGAGAAAAAUGAUCACUGUGUGAGUCGCUGUAACUCCCAGAGCUGCAUAUUAGUCCAGGAAGAGGAACAGUAUCUGCAGACUGGAGACCCACAAAUGACUCGACAUGUCUUGCUGUGUUUACUUCUCAUCAUUGGCCUGUUUGCUAAUCUUUCCAGUUGUUUAUGGUGGCUAUUCAACCAAGAACCUGGAAGACUCUAUGUUGAGUUACAGUUUUUCUGUGCAGUGUUUAACUUUGGUCAGGGAUUUAUUUCCUUUGGAAUCUUUGGAUUGGACAAACAUUUAAUCAUCCUACCUUUCAAAAGAAGACUUGAAUUCCUGUGGAACAAUAAAGAAACAGCAGACAACAGAGAUUCUCCUGUUUCUGAGGAAAUAAAAAUGACUUGUCAACAGUUUAUCCACUAUCACCGUGACCUCUGCAUCCGAAACAUCGUCAAGGAGAGGAGGUGUGGUGCAAAGACUUCUGCUGGGACCUUCUGUGGCUGUGACCUGGUGAACUGGCUAAUCGAAGUCGGCCUUGCCUCGGACCGUGGUGAAGCUGUGCUAUAUGGAGACAGACUGGUGCAAGGAGGAGUCAUCCAGCAUAUCACCAAUGAAUACGAAUUUCGGGAUGAGUACUUGUUUUACAGGUUUCUUCAAAAGAGUCCUGACCAGUCUCCUCCAGCUAUUAAUGCAAGUGACCCCAAUCAGGAAAGCUAUAAAGAAAUUGAGCAUUCAUCACCAUCCUCACUGUCCCCUAAGACCUAAAUAUGAAGGAGAGAGCCCUGUAUGGAAUCAUAUUCUAGCCCCAGAUCAAUUACUUUUUAGUUGUUUGACUUUGGGCAACUUACAACCUCUCUGCCUCCGUUUUCUCUUCUGUACAGUCUGACAACAUGCAUCCCUACCCCCAUGCUAACGUUCUGCGACUCUAUGUGAGUGUAAAACACAUCAGAAAAAGCCAGGCAUGGUGGUGCACGCUUGUGAUCCCAGCACUCAGGAGGCUGAGACAGGAGGAUCGCUUUGAAUUUAAGGCCAGCCUGGGCUACAUAGUGAGCUCAAGGCCAGCCUGAACUACAUAGCAAGACCCUGUCUCAAAAAAACAAAAACCCAUCAGAAAAAGAGGAAAUCAAACCAAAAUAUAAAUGUAAUGACUAUAAAUAAUACUAAUAUGCGAACAUUUUAAAACAAUUUCUUCCUGCAACUGUUUGCUGUAAUUUCAAAAUCAACAUUCAAUUGACUAUUGCUUUAAACUGCCAAAUUUAGCAGUGUACUGCUGGUGAAAUGGACCUUAGCUUUUGACAACUUUGCAUUUAUUUUUUUUAACUUUGCAUUUAUUGAUAGCACUUCCUAAAAAUGAAUUUUAAUGAUUCUAAUAAAAGGUUCUUAUUUUUAUUUUUUUCCAUUUCUUUGACAAAUACUAAUUUAAGAGUAGAAUCAAUGCUUUUUUUUUUUUCGGUACUGGGGAUCAAACUCAGGACCUUGCGUUUGCAAUGCAGGCAGUGACACCACUGAGCUAAAUCCCCAUCCCUUAAUGCUUUUUUAAAAAAGGUUUAUCUUUUUUCUUUUCUCUUUUUUUGCUCUUGUAUCCAAAGUACUAAUCUGUACCAUUAAAAAGGGAAUAAGAACCUUCUUAAGUAUUAUCUUCAUAAUCCUUCAACAGAAGUAUAAUCUGAUCUUUUAACUUUUGUACUACAAAUAACUUGAGCAUAUUCAUUUAAAUGCUAUAAAAUUAUUGCCAUGUGAUGGGUGAUUUUUGAAAUUUUCACAAAGCAUUGUAAGUACAGGAGGGUAACUGUACUACUUUAUUGCCUGCAAGUGAAAAUGAAAGACUAUAUAUGUAGUUCAAGCUAAGAUUUAAAAAUUUUCCUACCACUGCCUUUUGAAUUUAAUGUUUUUUAAGUGUCCAUGUAUAAAAGUUGGUAAGAUUUAAAAAUACUAAGGUUUGCUCUUGAUACUAAGGCUGCUAUAACAAAACACCAUACACUGGAUAGCUUAUCAACAACAGAAUCUUAUUUCUUACAGGUCUGCAGGUGGGGUAGUCCAUGUUAAAGUAUCAGCAGAUGGGCCAGGGAUGUAGCUCAGUGGCACAGUGCUUGCCUGGGAAGCGCAAGAUCCUGAGUUCGAGUCCCAGUACCAAGAAAUAAAUAAAGGAUCAGCAGAUUCAGCAUGUGGUGAGGGUCUGACCCCUGGUUCACUGAUGGAAGCUUCUUGCCAAGUCCUCAUAUGGUGGAGGGGAAGAGCUCUUGUCUCUUCAGCCCCUUGCAGGGCACUAAUCUCAUCCUCAUGGCCUCCCAGUCCUGUCACAUUAAGGGUUAGGCUGCUACACAUGAACUGGGGAAGGAACACAAGCAUUCAGACCACAGCAUCCUCAGAUAAGCUUUAUCUCCAGAAAACUAGAGACUUACUUAUAUGACAUUUGAACAUCUACUUAACUAUUAGGUGUCAAGGCUGGUUUAACUUAAAACAUGUUCAGAUUUUUUUUAUCUCAUUUUUUAGUGUUUAAUAUAUAAAACCAUUUAGAAAAUUAUUUAUAGGGUUAGUGCCAUUGCCAUUUUAAUGCAACAAAUAUAUAAUUUUUUAAAAACCUGCAUGGAAGCCUUAUGUAUUUAACAAGUAAAUUAUACUUUAGUAUACUAUUAAACACUACUAAAAUACUAACUACACUACUAAAAUAUUAACUAUUUUAAGUUAUGCUUAGGGAAUGGGGAUGUUUUUAAACAGAACUGUCUUGCUGCAGAACUUUUAAAAUUAUGACCACAUUUUGAUUCUAAAUGCUCAGGAGUAAACAUAAAGCCUCAUUGCCAUACCAGGCAACUUUUAUAGUUACAGUAAAGACAUGUAAUUCACAUGCAUGCAGGCAACACAAACUCAAGUGGGGAAUUUUUUGACUUAUAACAGGUCUUACUACAUAUGUUCUGUUAUUUGCAUGAAUGGAAUCUGUUACAUUUUUUCCCAUAGGAGACACAAAAAGAAAAUCCUGAAUUAGAAUGAUCUGCAGUUUCAGAUAAUAAAGGGUUUUAAGAUAUAUUUUUAGGAUUAAGGAUGUGCUAAUUUUAUUAAAUGAAAAUAUUUGUAUCUGUUACUUUCUCACUAACAAAGCAAGUUCUCAAUAAAAUACUUAUUUUAACUUUCA